AUGGCCUUCAUACAAUUUUCCCACCGAUGUUUUAUUUACGUUUUCAUUUUAUUUAUUUGUUUUUCGUGGUUGCAGUUUAAAGCGUAUUGCUUUAUCUGUCUCCACACAAAAAAGACGGGAGGAGAAGGCUACUGUCUUGAUUGAGGGACAUAUCCCAUGUCAUGGCUUUGAAGACAGCACCACCCAGACUUCUUCCUUGCUUGGCACGGGCUAUGUUUGCCAAGCACUUCACCACUGCAUACACGGAUAUAUGUCCAGCCAAACGUUUUAAUUAAAACUGACAUUUAUUUUGACACAACAGUUUGCAACAUUAAACUGUAUGAAAACCCAGUCUCACAAAAAGAUCUUAGUCAUUCUUCAUGGACAAAAAAGCAGGGUUGUGUUUCUCUCUGUGGCUUUCCCCUGUUUUGUGCAUGCAGCAUCUUUUCCUCCGGGUGCAUCUAGGACAGCUUGUCUAAGGCGUGCCUUCUGGAUCUGGGUUGACAAAUCUUUCUUUGGAUUACAAGAAUGGCACCUGGAAGCAUUUAAUGAAACGGGGUACCCAGUUGUUAUUGAUGAAAGUGUUUCUGCGCAGUGUGGAUAUACAAUUGGUCACGACAUUUAUGGCAAUGUGGAAAUAAGAAUAUCAUUCCUGGGGUGCUGGGUUAAUAAUGUGGCUGACCAACGUUUUGCGCUAAUGGUCACAUUUCAGGUAGGUGAUCCAGCUGGAGAAAUAGUUUCCUACCCAGUGUCAGUGGCCUGUCGUCUUGACAACCCAUGGAAUUUGAGAGAAAUAAUCUGUGAGGAGAAUUAUAUGGAGGUAUCGGUAAGAAGAAUUGUUCCCUGGAUUUCUGAUGAGCUUCUUUUAGGAGAUCUUCAAAUGGGAUGGCCUGUGACACAGGAUGUAACUUGGCAAGUUGAAAUACAACUUGUGGACAGGACCAUGCUUACUAUAUCUGCUCUAGAAGCAUUUAAUAAAGGUUAUGGACUUAAUGCUACAGCAACCAGGGUGGUCUUUAGAGCUCCAUACAACCAAUCAGAGGCUCGGAUUAUAACGAUCUCAGGAUACCAUACUGAAGUGAUCCUUGCAAGGAUGGUAUAUACACAGCCCUUGAUCAUUUUAAUUGUUGAUACAUCAACUGCCUGCCCUAAAGAUCCCCCAGUGUUCACAACAUCCUCAUUGUCUUGGAUGACCCCUGCUGUCCUUUUCCCCCUUGUGGCUGACCCAUUGAGCUUUAAGGACAGGGGUAUACUCAUGGGUGUGGACGGAAUCCUGACAAGCUCCAGUGUUAUUAGUCAGAAUGGAUAUACUUUCCAGCGGAAUGCUACCAGCAUUCAAGUUUCUAUUCCCUAUGGGGCACCUGGUGGUUUUACAGAGAGUGAUAUUGUGGACAACACAUAUGGAAGCAGAUACACAAUCAAUCUUAUGCUACAGCGUGAAUGGAGAGGGGUAACUGCUGAUAUCACAAGACAUACAGCUGUCAAACGUAUAGUCACUCCUUUCAGACCUCUAAGUCUUAUGUUCCUGGACAAUACUCUAAGAAAAAACAGGUUCUUAGACGUGUCCCUUGGCAACUUCUUCUCAGAUGUAGAUCUAAAGUCUUUUGUUAUCCAUAACGUACCCUUAACACUGGAUCAAGCAAAAAGGAGAGGAUUCCAGGUGAUCAAGGUACCAAACACAAAUGGUACCAGUAAAUUUGUUCUUCAGGUUCCCUUUGAUGAUCCACUUGUGGAACAGGAGUAUCUUUAUGACAAUAAAAGACAAUACACCCUCUAUGUGACUUACGUGCUCACUCUACUAACAAAGAACAAAGAUUUCACCUAUACAGAUGUGGUUAAGUGUGAUUCUGAUGAUGUUGUUCUCCCUCGGUAUAAUGGUUUCUGCACCAAUAACAGCCUUGGCAUUGACAUGACUCGUGGUAAUUUGGAUAUCUUCUGGAUCCCAUACAUCAGGAAUAUCCCUUUAACUGAUACUCUGGCUAAAUCUCAGAACUAUAUAGUGUAUGAAAGAAAUUCAAUCUUCCAUCUUGAAAUUCCAUUGUUUGCUGCUGGCCUGAUCUAUGAGGAUGUCACACUGAGCAGUAUUUCUGUUCGACUAAAUUUUACACUACAGGAUAACAAGACACUGGGUGUAAACAGUAACUUCUCAGUUGCAUGCAGCUUCCCCACAUCCAGAUUAUUGAUUUGUCUUCCCAAUGGCAUUAUGAAAGCCAUUGUAGUUGGUUCAAACACAAACCCAAAAUUUGAUCCAAGAAAAACACACCUGAGGGACCCAACCUGCACUCCAGAAAAAGCUGAUGUGGACCGUGCUCUGUUUUCAUUCUCAGUCUCCACUUGUGGAACAAGCAGACAGUUUAGCGGAGACUACCUGGUGUAUGAGAAUGAAAUUACGUAUGAGCGUGAAUUCCUUCCUCCAGUCCAAGCAGUUAUUUCUCGAGACUCUUCAUUCAGGUUAACACUACGCUGUAGGUUCCCUAUCAAAGAUAUUAUUUGGCUCCAUGGCAAAUAUAACGGUACUAAUUAUUACCAAAAUAAGGGGCUCGUGCAAGUUUUAGAAAGCGGUGGCACAAGAGUUCAUCGUAAACGAGCCAGAAAUACUCAGGCUGUAGAGCUGAAGGUUGCUAAGGAUGAAACUUUCUCUUCCUUCUACACAUCUGAGGAGUUCCCUGUGACUAUCCCAAGGACACAACGUCUUAGUUUCCAAGCUGAUGUUCCAAAUUGGCAGCUGAUGUUCCACCCUGUGUUAAAGGAAUGCUGGGCUACAUCCACUCCUGUAAUGGAGAAGUCUCCACAGUGGGAUUUAAUCGUUGAUGGGUGUGCCAAAACUGGUAAGAACUACUCCACUAACAUACCAUUGGUACAAGACGACAAUAUUCCAAGAUUUCAAGUGACUUUUGAAGGUGAUGUUGGCAAACAGUUGUACAUCCAUUGUAGACUGUUCCUGUGUAACCCUGUUAAAGAACCAGACAUGUGCCGUCAAAUGUGUGAGCAAUCAAAGCAUGGAAUGGGGAGGAGAUCUGUGCCCAUGGAUCGGUCAUUUGAGGUUUUGACAGUAGGCCCCAUCCAGAUUGUAGCUCAAGAGAAAAGUGUCCAGUACCAGCAUAUUGAUGAGAGAUGGCAUGCAUGGACCUGGAUUCUUUCACUUGGACUUGCUGUAAUUGCAGCUUUAACUGUUGGUUCAGUCAUCCUUGCUGUUCGUCUGUUUAUUCUUUAAAAUAAAUAAGUUUAAUUUUCUA